GCCUCCUCUCCCUGAGCCUCCUCCGGCCCCGCGCCUCGGCCCGGCCCGGCCUCCUGCAUGUCUUUACGGCCCCGAGCCCCGCCGCUUCCCGAGCAGCCGCCGCCGCCGCCUCCUGAGCAGCCCCGUCGACGAGGGCUGGAUGCAGACUAACAGGGAUGCCAAAGGAAAAAUAUGACCCUCCAGAUCCUCGCAGAAUUUACACCAUCAUGUCAGCAGAGGAGAUAGCCAAUGGGAAGAAGUCCCAUUGGGCAGAAUUGGAAAUCUCGGGUAGAGUGCGGAGCUUAAGUACAUCACUUUGGUCGCUAACGCACUUGACUGCUCUCCACCUCAAUGACAAUUAUCUGACUCGCAUUCCGCCUGAUAUCGCCAAGCUUCAAAAUCUGGUUUACCUGGAUCUCUCAUCCAACAAACUCAGAAGUUUACCAGCAGAACUAGGAAACAUGGUAUCUCUCAGGGAAUUGCUUUUAAACAACAAUUUGUUACGAGUUUUGCCUUAUGAACUUGGACGGCUCUUCCAGCUGCAGACACUAGGUUUGAAAGGCAAUCCUUUAUCACAAGAUAUUCUCAGCCUGUACCAGGACUCAGAUGGGACACGGAAAUUAUUGAACUACAUGCUUGACAAUCUAGCAGUUCAUCCAGAACAACUGCCUCCAAGGCCAUGGAUUACAUUAAAAGAAAGAGACCAAAUUUUGCCCUCAGCUUCGUUUACUGUCAUGUGCUACAAUGUGUUGUGUGAUAAAUAUGCCACUCGACAGCUCUACGGCUAUUGCCCGUCCUGGGCAUUAAACUGGGAAUACAGAAAAAAGGGAAUAAUGGAAGAAAUUGUAAACUGGGAUGCAGAUAUCAUUAGCCUUCAGGAAGUAGAAACUGAGCAAUACUUCACCCUCUUUUUGCCAGCAUUGAAAGAUCGUGGAUACGAUGGAUUUUUCUCUCCAAAGUCACGUGCCAAAAUCAUGUCUGAGCAAGAGCGAAAGCAUGUGGAUGGUUGUGCAAUAUUCUUCAAAACAGAAAAAUUCACAUUGGUGCAGAAGCAUACAGUCGAGUUCAACCAAGUGGCAAUGGCAAACUCUGAAGGUUCGGAAGCUAUGCUGAACAGAGUAAUGACAAAGGACAACAUUGGAGUUGCUGUAGUGUUAGAGGUGCAUAAAGAACUGUUUGGGGCAGGUUUGAAGCCCCUUCAUACCUUGGACAACCAACUCCUUAUUGUAGCAAAUGCCCAUAUGCAUUGGGACCCUGAAUAUUCUGAUGUAAAACUUGUCCAAACCAUGAUGUUUGUCUCUGAGCUGAAAAGCAUUCUUGAGAAAGCCUCUGGUAGGCCCGGAAGCCCAACAGCAGAUACGAAUUCCAUCCCUCUGGUGCUGUGUGCAGAUCUGAACUCGUUGCCUGAUUCAGGUGUUGUGGAAUACUUAAGUAAUGGAAUAGUUGCUGAUAACCAUAAAGACUUCAAGGAGUUACGAUAUAAUGAUUGUCUCGUGAACUUCAGCGGCAAUGGAAAGAAUGGGGCUUCUGAGGGAAGAAUCACUCACGGCUUCCAACUCAAGAGCGCCUAUGAAAACAAUUUGAUGCCUUAUACUAAUUACACCUUUGAUUUCAAAGGUGUGAUUGACUACAUUUUUUAUUCCAACACUCACAUGAACGUGCUUGGUGUCCUGGGGCCUUUGGACCCUCAGUGGCUGGUGGAGAACAGCAUCACCGGGUGCCCCCACCCCCACAUCCCCUCAGACCACUUUUCACUGUUGACGCAGCUGGAGCUCCACCCUCCCUUCCUGCCUCCCCUCAACGGCAUCCACUUGCCGGCCAGGAGGUAGUGGAGCCCACCCCUUUGUUUAUGGACCUGUACAGUUGUAAAUCAAAUAUGUAGGAGGAGUGAAGUAUGGCCAACCUUUUAAAAGCUGCUGCUUCGAGCUCCUUUCAUUAUAUGUGUGUUGAUGAUACGAUUUUGCACAUUUUGGGGGUGCAUAUUGGUACCAUUUGGCACUAGGGCUGGAACCAAAGUUGUUGUUUGUUCCCUUUUUCCAGUUGUUUUUAAGAUGCACAUUUUCGCACGCAUUUUAAACUUGACAAGCUUCGUCAGUUUCAUAGAGAAGCUGCCUUUAUAAACCAACAAAUCAGACGGGAGGAUUUGCAUAUAGGUAUACAUUCAUAGUUAAUGCUUUCUUUAUGUUAAUAAUAAAAAGAGCCAUGCCUCCUUUUCCUUGCUCAUCCUCUUUAAGCACCCUGAUAACAUACAAUUAAUGUGAAAUGUUUAAAAUUGGAAACGGCACUUAAUGCUUUUGCAAAUUAUUCAUUGAAUAAACUGUUUUCACCUCCUCUGGCGCCUACACUAAAAUUGGUGCAAUAGAGGAGACACUUUGACUGAAAAAAAAUGAUGUUGCCCCAAUAGAGAUUUUUCCCUUUUAUGUACAGUGAAUUGUGCACCUAAAUUGCAAGAAUUCAGUUCAGUUUUCGCCAUGUUCCAAUCCAGUCCACCGGUCCCUCCAAUUUUUUAUUUUAAAAAUAGUUCCACUCAUAGCAAAGAUUUAAUAUUAUCCCACCAAUGAUAGGAGUGGAGACACAACUUGCUUCUACCUUCUCUGUUCAUUGUUUUCUACAUAAAGGUCAGAAAGUUUUUGCCAUAGUCAUUCCUCAACUGAUUUUUUUUUCCUGACCCUAGUCGCCAAAUAGCCAUCUCAUGCUUUUAAAUGAUGGUUUUGUUUUGUUUACCUGUUUUCUAUCUAGAUUGGAUCCUUUUAAAGGCGUUGUUUUAUUACCAAUAGUUAAUCGCUGUCCCCUUCUGUAAGAUGUGCUUGGAAACUCUUCUAUUUCCAGGCUCCUAUUGGCCAUUUUAAAACUUGUGUGCAUCCAGAGAGAAGAAAAACUCAUAAUGUCAUCUCAGUACCUACCAUUUCAUCCAUUGUCCACUGAAGUAAUUGGAGGUUGCUUAACAGUAGUCUUUUAGUAGAUUGAGCCAUGCUUUUAUGUUUCAAAGAACAACAAAGGCAAAGUGACAAGAAAAUAUGUUAUUUUAAAAAAGGUUUUUUCUGUAUUCUGCUUCUUUGCUGCUAUAUACAAUUCCUCAAGCUUAUAUUUUAAACUUUUCAUGCACUUUACUGUUUCUAGUCUCAAAAAAUGUAAUAUUUUUUAAUAAAUGGGGAUUGUUUUCAUUAUGAGAAUGAUUUUUUUAAAAAGCCUAUAUUUGUCUCAUUCAUACACUUUAAAAAUUAAAGGAGUAAAACAGUAAAAUUAGUUUUAAAUCUGUUGUAUAGAAUUGUCUCCCUUCCCAUUUGCUAACGAUGUAGAAAUGACAAAGGAAAUUUUGAAUCAGGCUGAAAAAAAUAGGAAAUACUCCCCCCUUUUGUUACAGUGGUAGGGAUGGGCUGGAGGGGAGCCCGUUGCCACAGGGAAGGCUACAAUUUGUCAAACUGUUUGCAUAAUGUGUUGAAAAUUCAGGAUUGAAGUAAACAAGGGGCUGGUGCUGAAAAUGGCACCUCCAGAUUCCGUUUCAUCUUUAUCAAAAUGUUUUCUCCAACUUGCCGUCAUGUUAUUCUGUCUUUUCCUAUACUUUGUUCCAUUCCCAUUGGCUUCCUUUGGCAUUGAAAAAUAAAUUAUCAAGAAUAUUUUAAUAAUACCUGGGGGAGAAAGAAUAUGAGAUCAAAACAUAGAGCAGACUUGCUGCGUUUCCAUUUUAAGAGCAGCACCGUGUUUCUGUCCAAAGUGCAAAACAGUUUAAGGAGCAUAAGUUUUCUCCAUCAGAAGAUAACAUUCCCUUUCUGCAGCUGUAAUAUGGACACAUGUAUCUCUCCUUAUAUACCUCAAAAAGUGUUAUCAGUGCCAGGAAAAAGUUAUUUGGGGUUCAUCUACACUGUAGUAUUAAUGCAGAUUGACACCACAUUAACUGCCAUGUCACUGCUGUGAAAUCAUGGGAGUUGUAGUUUGGAUGAGGCACCAGCACUCUUUGACAGAAAAGCCUAUACACUUUGUAUAACUACAGCUCCCAUGAUUCCAAUAGCAUUAAGCCAUGCAAGUUGAAGUUAUGUCAAACUGCAAUAAUUCUACAAUGUAAAUUCCCCCUUUGGGGUCUGUAGCUCCCAAAAUUCCCCUUUAGUCGUGCUGACUAGGAUAUUUUGAGGGUUUUAGUCUGUAUUGUAACUUUUUCCAAGCUCUAAAUUUGACAUGGCCGUGUAUAUAUAUAAAUUGGCAAAACAAUAUAGUACUGGAAAGUAGAAUAGCAUGAAAAACUUAAUUUUGUGGACAUUCACCUUUUCAGUUCGUUUUUGUGAGGACGCACAACUGACUGGGAAGUUCUCCUGAUCCAGCUACAUUGAAAUGAAUGAGUAUUGCCAACUCUUAAUUCAUUUCAUUUGGGCUUGGCUAGAAGAAUGUACUGCUGGGUUGUGCUUCCCAAAUCAUCUACUGUUUCUUCACUUUGGAGGCAUUACAAAAAACAACGAUCUUUCCUUCUCUGGAGGUAAUGCACUAACCGUUUUCUUUCUUUCUUUCUUUCUUUCUUUCUUUCUUUCUUUCUUUCUUUCUUUCUUUCUUUCUUUCUUUCUUUCUUUCUUUCUCUCUCUCUCUCUCUCUCUCUCUCUCUCUCUCUCUCUCUCUCUCUCCUAUGUGCAUGUUAACUAGCAACGUGAGCAAUAUUUCCUACCAUACUUCACUCCCAACUAUUUUUGAGAUGUUUGUAUAAAAUGGAGUUUAAAAAAAAUUUGCCUGUGAUUGUAUAUGAACUGCAGAGGAGCCGGUUUAUUAAAUAAUACAAAAACAUGCAAUCUUUUGUAAUGUUGUGGGGUGGGGAGGGGGAGAAAUGAAAUAAAAACAACAUUGGGAGAUAUUGUAAA